CAACAACAACAACAACAAGAACAGAAUGAAAAUUCUGAACAAAAUCAAUCGUUUAAUCAACAAACAGAAGAAGAAGAACAACCGAUGGAUUCUACUAAUCAGAAUAAUGGUAAUGAUGAUAAUGGUGGUGGUGAUGAUGGAAAUAAUGAUUAUAGCCAAGAUGAUGAUGGUGGUGAAGAUGAACCUGAACAAUUUCGAAAAUUAUUCAUCGGUGGUUUGGAUUAUAAAACCACUGAAGAUACAUUGAAAAAUCAUUUUCAACAAUGGGGUGAAAUUGUUGAUUGUGUUGUGAUGCGUGAUCCACAAUCAAAACGAUCACGUGGUUUUGGUUUCAUUACAUAUUCAAAAUCAUCGAUGGUUGAUCAAGCACAAAAAGCUCGACCACAUAAAGUGGAUGGUCGUGAAGUUGAACCAAAACGAGCCGUACCACGUGAAGAUUCAGGUAAACCUGAUUCUCAAGCAACGGUGAAGAAAAUUUUUCUCGGUGGUCUCAAAGAAGAAGUUGAAGAGAAUGAUCUUCGUGAAUAUUUUGAAGAAUUUGGCAAUGUUGUCAAUGUUAACAUUGUAACAGACAAAGAAACUGGCAAAAAACGUGGUUUUGCGUUUGUCGAAUUUGAUGAUUAUGAUCCUGUUGAUAAAAUAGUUUUGAAACGACAUCAUGUUAUCAAAGGCAAACGAACUGAAGUGAAAAAAGCAUUGUCCAGACAAGAGAUGGAUACGAUGAAACGUAAAACUGAAGCACGAAAUGUGAACCGUGCUGGAGGUGGCACGCGUGGAAAUGCACCAGUCUGGGAAUCUGGUCCUGGAAAUUAUGGUGGAGGAUACAAUGGCGGUUACGGCCAAAGUGGAUAUGGUUAUGGUGGUGGUUAUGGACAGAAUAAUUAUGGCCAACAAAGCCAAGGUGGUUGGAAUCAAGGUCAAGGUGGCUGGAGUUCUGAUUAUGGAAAUUCUGGUUAUGGAAACAAUUAUGGUGGUGGUGGUGCCGGUGGUCCAAUCCGUAAUGCCAAUUAUAGCCAUAGAGGUCAAGGACCAUAUGGUGGUGGUUAUGGCAGUAAUUAUGGUGGUGGUAAUUACGGUGGACGACGUUGAAUAUUUAAUUCGAAAUUUUCAUUACUAAAAAACAAAACAAAACAGAAAAAAUCAUCCAUUGUCGACAUUUAAUUUUUCGCCAAAA